AUGGCUGACAGGCUUACACAGCUCCAGGUAUGCUUGGAUCAAUUAGUGGCACAGUUCAAUGCGACGAUUAAUUAUGUGAACACUCAAAGCGAUCUUGCCCCGUUGGACGCAGACCCCAAUUCAGUUAUCAAUGUAGCUGCCAACGCUCCAUUACCAGGCAAAAAAGACCAAGAGAACAGUGAAGCGAACUCUGCUCCCAGUGGAUCAGCUCCACAGGCGCCAUUUGAAGUUGUCAUUAAUGAACUUUCCACAGACAUUAUUUUGAAAUCCAGACAAAUAAGCAUGAUCAUUGAUUCCUUACCAGGAAUUGGUACGCUACCUGAAACACAGCUUAAGAUUAUCAAUGAUUUGAUCAAUGAGUUAGAGCAGACGGAAAAGGAUAGAUGCGCGAAAAUCAAAGAGAAGGACGAACUUCUCAAGUGGUGUGAAGAUCUUAUAGUGGAUGUCUCUGGAGGCAUUUACCGGACUCGAACAUAG